AUGGGAGACGAGGAGAAGAGCCCGCCCAGCACCGACGGUGCCAGCGCCGCCCCGGCUGCUGAGAAUAAUGCUUCGACGCAUCCUAAACCCACCAAACUACACCAAGUCAUAGUCGUCUGCGCCGGCUUCAUCACCAUGUUCAUGACCUGCGCGCUGAUCUUCUCGUUUGGUGUCUACCAAGCCAUCUAUGAAGAAAUGGCCAAAGAACCCAACACGCCAUUCACGGGCACAUCUUCCGCAAUCAUCAGUCUGAUCGGCACGCUCGCCAUCGCUCUCAUGUCGAUGGGCGGUCCUUUCAUCAUGAACUGGGCGAAGCUGUACAGCCCCCAGGUCGUGAUUAUGGCUGGCGGAGUGGUCUUCGGCUUGGGAUCCAUCCUUGCCAGUCUGAGCGAGUACCUCUGGGAAUUUGCACUGACGCAGGGCGUGCUAGUUGGGCUGGGCGUGUGCAUGGCAUACGUGCCGACCAUGUCCGUUGCCCCGACGUGGUUCGACAAGCGCCGUGGACUGGCCAUGGGCAUUAUCAUCUCCGGCUCGGCCUGUGGCGCGAUGAUGUGGCCGCCCGUUCUGCGUGCCAUAACGGCGAGCAUCGGGUUCCGCAACGCCCUGCGCAUCUCUGGGUGCCUGACGAUAUUGUUCGUGCCUCUGGCCGGUUUCACGCUGCGCUGGGAGCCGAAUUUCAAAGAGAAACUCCGCAGCCAGACGGCUGGUAUGUCCAAAACGACGGGGUGGAUCAAGGUCCCGCUGGUGAACUGGAAAGUCGCCCAGUCGAAGAAGUUCCUCGCGCAGGCGCUGGGAUGUUUCUUGCAGUCGGCGGGCUACUCUACGCCUGUGUUCUUCUAUGCUGCGUAUGCGCGCUCGCUGGGAUACAGCCCUUCCAUGGCAGAUAAUUUUAUCACCUGGAGCAAUGCCUCGAACUUUGUGUCUCGUAUUCUGAUCGGGUAUUUGGCAGACAAGUGCGGCCGACUGAAUGUGCUCUACCUCACGACGAUUAUGAGCGCCGUCGCCGUGUUUGGCUUCUGGCUUCCGUCGACAUUUGUUGGGCGCACCGUUUCUGUGGCCGCGGCCGAUGGGCUGUUCAUCUUUUUCGUCCUUCUGUACGGCUCUUUCGGUAGCGCGUAUAUCUCGUUGUUUCCUGCGAGCUUGAUUGAGUUGUUCAGUGUCCAACAUUUCACUUCCGUGAACGGGGCCCUGUACCUCAUUCGGGGUGUGGGCGCCCUGUUGGGAACGCCGCUGACUCUGCUGCUGUUACCCAGUGCGUCGGCUUUGUCGGACCCGGGCAGCUACGAGCGAGUAACCAUCACCGUUGGAGUACUGUUGUUCGCAUCAAGCAUGGCGACUCUGUGGGUGCGGAUUGAGGGCUCCGAUGGGAAACCGUGGACCUGGAAGCUGUAA